AUGGAUUUAUUUAUUGGCAGUAUAGACUCCAGCCAGGCGUUGCUGGAUAAGAGUCAUGAACUUAGAGAGCUCUCACGGCACACACAGAUAGGCAAAUUUGAAUCAGUACGCAAGCUCAGCAAAUGGGGCCGCAAGCUGCGCGACCUGCCGUACAACCCACAAAUGCAUUGUUUAACGGUGGCUAUGGCUAACAUACUGCUCAAAAGUCCCGGUUUUCGAGCACAGAUCCUGGACGAAGACCUCGAGGUCGUCCAUGACGUCCAGGUCAGGCUACGGUGCGAUUCGCAACAAACGGGCUUCGAGCUCGAGUGGGAAGUUCCUCUGUGGCGGGUGCUGUUCUUACUGGCGCACGGCGCCUGGAGUCCCUCCACAACACCAAGAUUCGACAGACGGCUUGCACCGGCCAAGUUCGAGCAUCUAGUGAGCGAGUUGAAAACAGCAGAAACACCAGAUCCCAGCUUGUGUGCGGCUCUAGAGGAGCUUGGCAAAUUCUGGUACGCCUUGUGCUACAACUACGGCGUUCGAAUCGACACUUACUGCCGUACGUUUUGGGGAACACUGGAACAGCUCAACGAAACCCUCCGCAGAGACCAGGGCCAUUUGUUGGUGGAGUACUCCGGAGCUCUGCUGCAGCUGUGCUCGUUGCUGCUUCUGCUGCCCGAAAACAAACCGCUGCUGGCCACCUUCGACAUAGUCCUGAACCUGGUUCUCAUUCUCAAACGCGGUAUUCUUCAAUGGGAGCACGAAGUGUCGCAACAACUGUACUCAUCGCUCUCUGACUACAAGAUCCCGCAAAUCCUGCAGGUGCUAUACCUAUAUCUGCUGAGGUCGCCCACCGAAGUGCGUGAGCGCAUAAAGCCCUGCAUCACUGGCCAUCCACAAGCACCUGUGGCCCUCAAAGCUCAAAUCCUCGAGCUCCACGAAUCUUGCAUAUCGGGCUCGGACACGCGCGGCGCUAUCGAUGCCGUUCUUUCAACGCUACGGCUCCAGAUUUGUCCAGCAUCCCCUAAGGGCCCUCUAGACAUUCUUGAAGUUGUGGGCCAAGCACCACAGGCCAAUAGGAACGACUCUGCAGAGACCUUUGUCAGUUGCGAGGCUAAAGAAAACUCUAAACUGGGUCAGCAGCAGACGUGCUCCUCAACUUCGGUCAAUACCGCGUGCAGUGCUAAUUCACUUGACCAAAACGAUUCAUGGACGAAAGAAGAACGCCAGGAAGAGGCAGAGCGGAUCAUGGCCGCAAUACGAAGAUUAGAUCAACUCGGUGUGAUUACUACGAAAGUGCCUGGCUCUUAG